CACUUGCAUCUGAUUGACAUCCGUCACGUGACGGCGGAUCCGAGUGGUACCAUCCUGGCCUCGGUAGACACGAGCUCGUGGUCUAGUCCGGCCAAGUUGGCGAAUCAAAAUGGUGCCAACCAAAUCGUCCAGAUCAUUUUGGCCCCGUGUUCCGGCUCGACACGUCUCAUGGGUCUGAUCGGUCCACAUGGUUCACUGUGUGUUUGUGAAAUCAAGCCUGCGGGUUCAUCUACCACGGCCACUCUUCCAUCCCGUCCCCUGUAUCAGUCUGAUGCGUCCACUUCUGGCGGAGUAAAUCCGUCCACUGCGAUCGGUUUGCGGCGCGCAGGUGGCUUAUUUCUACCCCCGUUAGAUCGAACCGAAUCGUCUGGACCAGAGCCAUGCAUGCAUUGGUCCGCUCUGACCUACUCUGGUCUACCGGAACUCAAUCCCGAUCGAAAUCUGGGUCCACUCCUUCACCUCGGUCUACCUCGAUUACACAGCGGGCCGUGGGGUGGACCUUGGGGCAAGCAUCGUCCCAAUUGUCCCCUGCUGCACAGUAACGGUCCGGUCGCCGAUUGCCCCGGUCCUUAUUAUAUCCGUUCCUGUUCGGAUCCGGUCUGGUCGGCUUUUGAUUCGUCCACUGAGGCAAAUCGUGAAUUCCAGUCGAAAUUGGCUUGCAUCCCACAAACUGUCAAUUGA